GUAAAAACAAAAAUCCUCUUUAUUUCUUGCAGUUAGUAAAAACAGGAACUGACGUAGAUCUUUCUCAAAAGCAAAGCGGUGAAACACGACCUUUCGAAAGGUGGAUGAUACCUAUAGCUGGAAUUCACCAACGGAUAGAAUAGAUGUCUGUCAGCUGGGACUGCCACUUUUGUUCUUGGUUAGUCCCCUGCCAAUGCAGAGGGCUCCUUCCAAGCAGAAUUGAAUGGCUCUGCUUUUAGCCAGUGGACCAUAAUUUUGUAGAAACUCAUUACUUAAGUUUAUAUUAAGAUUCACGGAAAAUGUCAUUACAUGUGAUCUUCUUAGAGUUAGUAAUGCACAGUCCUUUUCUGAAAUCCUAGAAUGGCUCCUAUGUCUCUUUCUAUCUGCAGAUAUAUAUGGGAUGGCGAAAUGUGUCCUUAAAUUGUGUCCUUUUUGUUAUCGCGGUGACUGUAAUGUUAGAUCACACACUUACUAUUAUUUAGGUUAUAAAAUGAAAAGUGCUUUGUCACCAUUCUUACGAGCUACCUUCUUUUCAGUACUUCAUUAUUUAAUAUUUAUUUAUAUUCCAGGUUUGGGGGAAUUUUUUUCACCCUACCCUUGUUUGUGGGCAGCCUGGUGUUUCAAAAGUCUCAAGUAAACGUGUGUGCACGUUGUUUUGCAAGGUGUGUUUUUACGCAUUAAAUAGUUUAGAAAAGGCCAAGUUUCUAUUAAAGCCAGGUGGCAGGUCUCUGGACUAAUGAAUCCUGUGAGUACUUCAAAGAAUAUCUGUGCAUCAAAAUUGUGGCCAGAACAAAACUGGGGAGGGAAGCUAGAGAAUUUCCCUUUAUAUAUGAAAAGGCAAGUUCAAAAUUAAAAAGUUAACUGCCUAGAAAAACACUCAGAAAAAUGUGUGAUUUCUCUGCCGUCAGAGGUCACAGGAUACACCUUCAGAGGCUUUGUGAUUUCAUCCAGUUCCCACGUCACCUCCAGAGCUGUUCUCAGAUGAUUAACAGUCAUAGCUAAUAUUUACUAAGUGCUUGUCCUUGACGUUGAGUGACUGGUACUGAGUAGACACCGGUCUCCUCCCUUCCUUCCUGCCAGCUUCGAGGAGAAUAACAGUGGAGAUCACCAAAGCUUCCCAGACUGGAGUGGUAUUUUUACAAUACCAGAGAAGUAAGGCCACAAUUAGAGCAAAGGGAAGACUGAACGUUUAACGUGGGGAGGGCGUGUCUAUCGUGGGAGAGGAGACGUUCGGAUCAUCCGGGGAGGGUUCUAAGAGCCAUUCUGGAAGUAUCCACUUCAUCUUAUUGGCCUUCUGCCAGCAGCUACAGAGCACAUGAAAUCAUUCCUGAAGUCUGUUCUCAGCUGAUGAGUCCUUUCUGCUGGUGGAGCCAAGUUGCCCUGAAGAUCAUGAACUUGUCUUCUGACCACUGCAACAUAUCGGAUUGGCUGAGGCUGGAAGCAACAGUGAAGGCCUCUGUGUAUGUGGUGGCCUUCUUCUUUGCCACAUUCGUCACCGUCGUCAUCAUCACAAUAGUGUUACAGAAUUCGAAGCUGAGGAAAGAGGUCCGACACAUCCUCCUGUGCCACCAUCUGCUAUGCAUCUCCUCCUACUGUGGCCUCGGGGUGGUUUUCCAAGGGAUGCGGGCUCUGCUGGCCAACAGCCCCGUGCUGGUGUGCUGGGUGGUAUUUGGGGUCCAGCUAAGUGUUGGAGAAGGGAUCCUCUUUACGCUGGCCUUGAUGGCGGUCAACACUUACCUGGCCGUUUGCUGGCCUUUGAAAUCUCUGUCCUUUGUAGAUUCAGUUAAGUACAGGAUCCUGGCUGCGUCUUGGAUAAUCAUUAUAUUCAAGAAUGUUUGCUUAUUCCUCAUAGAAAGCGCUAACCCCCCUCGAGUUGCUGUUUUGAAAUCUGAACCCCUGUGCCCUGUGAUCUUGAAUGGCCCUCCUGCCAGAGCCGUUGGCAUGGUUUUCCUUUUCUUUCUUCUGUCCAUCAUUCUUAUAAGUUACUUUCUGAUCUACCGAGAAGGCAAACGGGCUGGCCAUUUUAAUAGAUCAAAUAUCAAAGCAAAAAAAACAGUCCUUAUUCAUUUAGUGCAGAUGAGUUUGCAUGUAAUACCAAUCCUGAUAUUCAUAGGUUUGGGAAAGAUGUGUGGGGUGUUUUUCUUUGCUUUAAACCUGGUACUUUUUGGAGUCUUUGCAUUUGCACAGUGUCUUAACCCCCUGAUCUAUGGGCUCUGGAACAGAGAGCUGCAAAGCGGAUUAUACCACUGGAUGUGCUGUCAGCUGUGGUGUGGUCACAUUAUGAACGACAGAGAGCCAGUUUAAUCUGGAACUCAGCCACUCGGAAUCAAUGACUCUAGCCCUAGCGGACCAUCAGCCAGGCUUGAGGACUUCCCUUUUACGCAACCUAAAAUUGGUGCCUUGGUUUGAUUCUGGAAGCGAUAGGAGUAAGUCAGAGCUAUUCAUCUGGCUUGCAAACUUCGUUGCUGUGUGUGCUGAACUGGCCUCACGGAAAUCGUUUUAUAUCUUUAAUUCUAAACCCAGAUCAACAUUUUUGGUGGCAUGCCCUACUGUGUUUCAGUAGUCAGGCAGCUUUUGAGAACGCACUUGUUUUUAGAAAUGGAGAAAUAGUCCAUGGUUGAUAGGAAGAGAAGUUUGGCUGUUCCUCUUCUAUUAAUUAGGGAUAGGCUUCGCUCCAUGUAGUAACAAAGCAGAAACCAAAUAACAGUGAUUUUGUAAAGUUUGAGAUUUUUUUUUCUGAUGUAAAAGUAAUCUAGAGGUAGACAAUGCAGUCUUAUAUCACAGCUCUGCAAGCAACAGGUUCGUUCUGUUCUACUCUGACAUGCUUAUUAUGCUACCUCAUGGCCCAAAAUGGCUGUUAAUGUUCCUGUCAUCAUGUUCAUGCUCCAGCCAACAGGAAGGAGUAAGGGGCAAAGGAAGGUCUAUACUCUCUUUUUUUAAAAAAAAUUUUUUCAAUGUUUAUUUGUUUUUGAGAGAGAGAGAGAGAGAGAGAGAGCAGGGGAGGGGCAGAGAGAGAUGGAG